UGGCCUAUACGUCAGUGCUGCGCAGCUUUGUUCCUCCUUUCUCUCGUCCUGAAGAUGGCGGCAGGGACUCUCUACACAUACCCAGAGAACUGGAGGGCCUUUAAGGCUCAGAUUGCUGCCCAGUACAGUGGGGCUCGACUGAAGAUUGCGAGCACCCCCCCUGCCUUCAGCUUUGGGCAGACGAACCGAUCCCCUGCUUUCCUGAACAACUUUCCAUUGGGCAAGGUUCCUGCUUACCAGGGUGAUGAUGGCUUCUGUCUGUUUGAGAGCAAUGCCAUUGCUCACUAUUUGAGCAAUGACGCCCUUCGUGGCAGCACUCCCCAGGCCAGUGCCCAGGUGCUGCAGUGGGUCAGUUUUGCUGACUCUGAGAUCGUCCCUCCAGCAAGUGCCUGGGUGUUCCCCACCUUGGGUAUCAUGCAGUUCAACAAACAGGCAACAGAACAGGCGAAGGAAGAGGUGAAACGAGUCCUUGCUGUCCUGAAUCAGCACUUAAACACUCACACUUUCCUGGUUGGGGAGAGGGUCAGUCUGGCUGACAUAACUGUUGUCUGCUCUUUGCUCUGGCUGUACAAACAGGUUCUUGAGCCUUCUUUCCGUCAGCCGUACCCCAAUGUCACGCGAUGGUUUGUGACCUGUGUCAACCAACCUCAGUUCAAGACUGUUUUGGGAGAGGUCAAGCUCUGUGAGAAAAUGGCCCAGUUUGAUGCUAAGAAGUUUUCCGAGAUGCAGCCCAAGAAGGAGACUCCUGCCAAAAAGGAGAAGGGAGGUAAGGAAGGAGGCAAGCAGCAGCAACCGCAGCAGCAGGAGAAAAAAGAAAAGAAAAAGGAAGAAAAGAAAGCCACCCCUGCUGAAGAGGAGAUGGACGAAUGUGAGGCUGCAUUGGCGGCUGAGCCAAAAGCCAAGGACCCAUUUGCUAACCUUCCAAAGAGUUCCUUUGUCAUGGAUGAGUUUAAGAGGAAGUACUCUAACGAGGACACCCUGACCGUGGCAUUGCCUUACUUCUGGGAGCACUUUGAUCGUGAGGGAUUCUCAAUCUGGUAUGCAGAGUACCGCUUCCCUGAAGAGCUGACCAUGGCCUUCAUGAGCUGUAAUCUUAUCACAGGAAUGUUCCAGCGACUCGACAAGCUGCGUAAGAAUGCAUUUGCCAGCGUCAUCCUCUUCGGUGCAAACAACGACAGUUCCAUCUCUGGUAUCUGGGUCUUCAGAGGCCAGGACCUUGCUUUUACUUUGAGUGAGGAUUGGCAGAUCGACUAUGAGUCAUACGCUUGGCGCAAGUUGGACGUGGACAGCGAGGAGUGCAAAACCAUGGUGAAGGAAUACUUUGCAUGGGAGGGUGAUUUCAAACAUGUAGGCAAACCUUUGAACCAGGGCAAGAUUUUCAAGUGAAAACAGAUCUGAUCCCCAGUAUUUAUCAACGUCAAUCAAUGGACAUGAAACCUGUUUGAGAAUUCCAUGUACAAGUUUGUAUGCUGUGGUGGAAGGAAGAUUUAAGUUGAGAAAAAAUAAAAUCUUUUUUUCACAAUCCCA